GCGUACUUAUACACCAUGACCAUGGCUUUCUCAUGUAUAAACGAAUUCAGCCUCUCUCGCUCUGCGGGAAUAUCAGAACGCCAUGGCUUUGUUAUCUAACAAGACUGUUUGCAUCACAGGCUCAUCGCGAGGCAUUGGUCGCGCUUGUGCUAUAGAAUGUGCAAAGCAUGGCGCGACUGGACUAGUUCUGCACUACCUUGGGGACAAGGAGACCGAGGCUGAAAUACAAACAUUAAAGCAGGAGAUAGAGUCUACAUAUUCUCCUGCGAAGGUCGCUAUAGUUCCAGGUGAUAUUGGCGACUCAUCGACUUCUUCAAAGAUUGUUGAUAUUGGAGUGAAGGCUUUCGGAAGGAUAGAUGUCCUUGUUAGCAAUGCAGGCAUAUGUCCAUUUGCAGAGUUCUUGACUAUGCCUCAUGCAACAUGGGAAAAGACGCGACAAGUCAACCUUGAUGGAUCCUUCUAUAUUGUGCAGGCGGUUGCGAAUCAAAUGAAGUCCCAAACUCCUCAGGGAGGAUCUAUCAUCGGCAUCUCGUCUAUCUCCGCACUUGUUGGUGGCGAGCUACAAUGUCAUUAUACUCCCACCAAAGCUGGAAUCCUCUCCCUCAUGCACAGCUGUGCUGUCGCACUGGGAAAAUAUAACAUCAGAGCGAACGCGGUCUUGCCCGGCACAAUCGCCACUGAUAUCAACAAAGAAGACCUUUCGGAUGAAGCGAAGAGAGAUUAUAUGAUCAAACGAACUUGCCUUGGUAGGCUGGGUCGACCAGAUGAUAUCGCAGGCCCCGUGGUCUUUUUGGCGAGCGAUCUGGCCAAGUAUGUCACCGGAGCGUCUUUACGCGCCGAUGGUGGUCUCUUCGUCAAUCUUCAGUGAACCACAGACUGCACGCACAGUUAGCUGCCCCAGUUUCCGAUGUAUGAAUGAUGUCGUUCAAAUCGUCCUAUUAUACAGAUCACCAUGUAGUACAAAGUUCUUUACACGAACCUAUCAUACUUUGAUUGCUGCUUCCAACCGCUCGCCCUUAAUCUCAGCAGGUUCACCGUCAACCAGAACACAGAACCAUCUCGCAUACCCUGGUCCUGGGUUGUACCAAGCGUGCAUAGUUCCUCGUUGUAUGGUUAUGUCGCCUGGUUUCAACGUUUCCUCCCCAUCCUCCGUCUUCAAGACCACAGUCCCGCUGACUGUAAGAAAUGUGAGUCUAGAAA